UGCAACUACCUGGUGCCCGCGCUGCUCGUCGUCCUCAUCUUCCUCUGCUUCCAGCAGAAAUCCUACGUGUCCUCGGCCAACCUGCCUGCCCUGGUCCUGCUGCUGCUGCUCUAUGGCUGGUCCAUCACGCCCCUGAUGUACCCGGCCUCCUUCCUCUUCAGCAUCCCCAGCACCGCCUACGUGGCCUUGACCUGCAUCAACCUCUUCAUUGGCAUCAACGGCAGCGUGGCCACCUUCGUGCUGGAGCUCUUCGUGGACCAGAACCUCAACGACAUCAACCGCGUCCUCAAGAAAGUCUUCCUCAUCUUCCCGCACUUCUGCCUGGGCCGGGGCCUCAUCGACAUGGUGAAGAACCAGGCGAUGGCCGAUGCCUUCGAGAGGUUCGGGGACAAGCGCUUCGUGUCCCCGCUGCGCUGGGAGCUGGCAGGGAAGAACAUGUUCGCCAUGGCCCUGGAGGGCGUCAUCUUCUUCCUCUUCACGCUCCUGCUUCAGUACCGCUUCUGCCUGCGGUUGAGCAUCCCCGGCAAUGUCACCCGCAGGCCACGGGCGCCGCGGCUGGCGCCGCUGGGCCAGGUGUUCGUGCAAUUCGCCAAGGAACAGAGUGACGGGGACCCCGUUGGGGACCCGGCCCCUGGGCAGGAUGUGGCCCCGGCGCUUGGGCUCCCGCGGGUGCUGGAGGACGAGAGCUGCCAGGAGAGCGCGGUGUGA